AUGUCGCACUUUGGCAUUCCCGACAGCGUGCUGGCGCAGACCCCCGCCAUGCAGCCACCUAACGGGACAACGUCGAAUUUCAUUGACCCAGUAUCGCGGGAUACGGCCAUCAUCGCUUUGAACACCGUCUUUCUUGCCUUGAUGGUCCCCGUGGUUGCUGUUCGCUUGUAUGGAAAGGCUCAUACCGCGCACAAAAUCGGAUGGGAGGACUAUACUUGCGCAAUCGCUGCGAUCGCAUCCAUCGCUCACUCGGCUAUAAUGCUCAGUAACCUGCAGUUGGGCUAUGGGAGACAUCUGUGGGAUAUCAGUGCCUUGACGCUCCUUUCUUUGUCGAAUGUUCGGCGAUUGACCGGCACGUCAAUUAUUUAUCCCGUCGUGAUCUUCUCUGUGAAAAUAUCCAUCUUGCUCUUAUAUCAUCGGAUAUUUGGCGUCCACCGGUCGGUGCGCGUGGCCGUCUGGGCCGGCGCUAUAUUCUUCACCCUCUUCUAUAUUGCCUAUCUCGGUGUCCAGAUUGCGUACAUGGUGGAGUGUACCAGCGCAGCAUCCCUGGAGAAAGCGCCGUGCACGAGCAUCUACGGUGUCACCAUCUUCCAAGGUGCAUUGAACGUGGCCUCCGAUAUCUACGUCUUGUGUCUCCCACUGCCGUACCUUAUCAAACUCCAUGUCACGCGACGGCAGAGAAUCGGCCUUCUUGUCAUCUUCCUGGCUGGAACCGUCGCCUGCGCAGUAUCGAUCAUCCGUCUUAUAAUUACCGCGAUUACCUUAAACCGAGAAGACAAGUACUGGUAUGGUUCGCUGUCAUCGGAGUUCACAAUUGUCGAGAUGAACCUGGCAAUCAUUGCGGCCUGCAUGCCAUCGAUACCGGGCUUCUUGGUGCGAGCCAGGAUAAUGGGGUCGCAAUUCUUCCAGAGCCUGCGCUCUCGGAUCUUCUCCUCACGGACACGGACACGGGGAGACAGUAUGACCACCGCCAAGACAGGCUCCUCCUCCAAGGGCCAUUAUUCGAGCAACGACCCGGAUGACUUUAUCCCACUCAGAGAGAGCGCUCAAGGUGGCAUUGUUAGGUGCCCGGCAUUGCAAUUGGCCAUUGGGUCGGACAAGGUCUUCUACUCGAACAGCACCGGUUAUAAGGAAUCCGCCUCGACGUACUUUGCGCAGGAACAGGGGGAAUUGUCGCCGUAUUGCUAUGUCAAGCCGACAUCCGCCCAGGACGUCUCUGAUGUCGUCAAGGUGCUGGGGGUCCUGAACUACAAGAAACCAAUAUGCCCGUUCUCAGUUCGCGGUGGCGGCCACCACACCGUUAAGGGCAUCUCCAACAUCGAUUCCGGCGUCUCCAUUGACCUAGGUCACAUCAACACCACGACGCUGAGUUCCGAUAAGAGUAUCGCCCAUGUCGGAUCCGGCUCGCGCUGGGGUCCUGUGUACUCAACCCUCAGUCCCUAUGGAUUGGCCGUCGUGGGCGGUCGUGGAUCCGAUAUUGGAGUCGGUGGCUUAACUACCGGAGGCGGAAUCUCUUACUUUGGGCCUCAGUAUGGCUUUGCCUGCGAUACCGUAGAGAAUUUUGAAGUCGUGCUGGCGAAUGGUCGGAUUGCGAACGCCAACGCGAAGGAGAACUCGGAUCUCUUCGUGGCCCUGAAGGGUGGCGCAAAUAACUUUGGCAUAGUCACUCGCUUCGACAUGAAGACAUUCAAACUGGGCAACUACUUUGGUGGUAUGAACUACUACCUAGGAAACGAAAGCCCUGCAUUGCUCGACGCCUUCUGGUCCUUUGUCGUCCACCCGGAUUUUGACACCAAGGCGAACAUUUUCAUGACAACCAUCUAUGACGCAGCAGCCGGGGGAGCGGUAACGUCGGUCGAUUUCGCGUACACUGAGGCCAUCAAUAACCCUCCUGUUUUUUCGAACUUCACAACGAUCCCCACGUACAUGGAAGGCUUGUCAAUUUCGAAUCUAACUACCUUAUCUGACGCUUUGAGCGCGUAUCAACCAGAUGAUCUCCGCGAGACUUCUAUCACUGCUACCAUCGGAGCAGAUAGAUCCCUCAUUCAGCAGGUUUAUCAGCUCUGGAACGCAACCCUUCCUACCGUGGAAGGGGUACAGGAUCUCAUCUACUCCCUGACUUUCCAGCCCGUCGCCAAAUCCAUGAUCACCGCUGGCGUGAACAACGGCGGAAACUCUCUCGGACUUGACUCCGCUGACGGACCGCUUGUCGUCCUCACGCUCACGGCUAGUUUCACGGACGCCACCGCGGACGAGACGGUUAUAUCGACCUCAAAAUCUCUGUUUUCCCAAAUCAGAGACGCGGCAACAAAAGCGAACGCGUUGAACCCGUGGAUCUACUACAACUAUGCGGAGGCUUCUCAGGAAGUCAUUGCGUCGUACGGUGCGGCCAGCGUCAAGAACCUGAAGGCUGUCAGUGCCAGAGUCGAUCCCACGGGGUUCUUCCAGAAGAUCCAACCUGGCGGGUUUAAACUUUAG